ACAACGUGAAAUCGACGUCGAGUUUUGCUCGGAAAAAUAUUAACUUGUAGUUUUAUUUUAUUAAAAAAUAUUGACCCAGCGGACGCAUAUACAAAAAAGUAUUGAUUUUUUCAACGUCCAAGAUGGCGGACGACGAGCAAUUCAGUUUGUGUUGGAACAACUUCAACACGAAUCUGUCUGCGGGGUUCCACGAGUCUCUAAUCCGUGGCGAUCUCGUGGACGUCUCAUUGGUGGCCGAGGGGCAAAUUGUUAAGGCCCACCGCCUGGUCUUGUCGGUGUGCUCGCCCCUGUUCCGCAAGAUGUUCACCAAUAUGCCGCUAAACACCCAUGCCUUCGUGUAUUUGAACAACGUUAGCCAUUCGGCUUUGAAGGACCUUAUCCAGUUUAUGUACUGCGGUGAGGUGAACGUGAAACAGGAUGCCCUGCCAGCGUUCAUUAGCACAGCAGAGUCGCUGCAAAUCAAGGGGCUGACCGAUAAUGAUCCCGCUCCGCCACCACCGCAGGAGCCGAGCCCCCCACCAGCACCAGCACCUAUUGUACAACAGCAACCGCCCCAACCCGUACCGGCCCAGCGCGUUCAGCGCCAACAGCCGCGUGCCUCUGCCCGCUACAAGAUCGAGACCGUCGAUGACGGCCUGGGCGAUGACAACAAGGGAACGACCCAAAUUGUCAUCCAAACAUCCGCACCGCAAGCCAUUGUACAACAACAAGCACAGCAACAGCAGCAGCAUAUCCAGACGCAGCAGAUGCAGACCGGAACGACAACGACCGCGACGCUGGUGUCGACAAACAAGCGUGCUGCCCAGCGCAGUAGUCUGACUGGGGGCGUGAAGCGCUCCAAGACGACAGCCACCACCGCCUCCGCCAACAUCAUUGACCCCCUGGACUCUGGAGCAGAGACGGCGACCACGUCUACAGCGCAACUGGUGCCCCAGCAAAUCACCGUGCAGACCGUGUCCGCUGCCGAAAGCAAGCUCCACCCGCAGCAGCUCCGCCAGCAAGCCCAACAACAACAACAGCAGCAAGAAGAAGCUGAAUACAUUGAUCUCCCAAUGGAAUUGCCCACAAAGGCUGAACCUGAAUAUUCCGAGGACCAUGGCGAUGCUGCAGGUGAUGGCGAUGCGACAUAUGUAGAGGACGACACAUACGGUGACAUGCGCUACGAUGACAGCUACUUUACGGAAAAUGAAGAUGCCGGCCCCCAAGCACCAGCCAAUACUAGCGGCAACAGUGCUACGGCGACAACAUCGAAGGCCGUGGUCAAGACGCAGACAUAUAGCGACUCAUCGUUUGUCGACACCAGCGCGGAUCCAGGCAACACUGAGGCUCAAGUCCCGUUGGGCCAGUUCGAGGCGGUGCUGCCGAAGGGCGCCUGGCUUGAGAAGCCGCCGUACUUCUUCAUGCGCAACCAGAAGCAGGGCUACAAUCUCGUCCACAACGGGUACAUGUACAAGAAGGAGGCAAGCUUCAGGGCCAGUGUCAAUUGGAUAUGCUCCGACGGCAAUGGGAAGCGGCUGAACGAGAACAAGUGCGCGGCCCGUGCCAUAACCAAGACGGGGGGUGGAAUCAAGCUGGGCAAGAAUGACCAUAACCAUAUGCCCCGCUUCACUGGCAACAAUGUGCCCGCCAAGCUCAUUACUAAGGGCAUCUUUUGAACACAAUAUUAAAGAUUAAACAAAAAACAGAACAAAAACCGAUAUUUGUAGGUUACUAGCUGUGUUGUAGUUGUCUUAGCCUAAGCUCCCAUCUCAUCAUUCUACCAUCUCAUCAUCCUAUCAUCUCAUCCUUCACCCUCUCCCUUUGAAUCUCCCACAAUUUCCUAGUAGCAGGAGCAUCGACACCGCCGUCCGUUCAGGACGCAGUCAAGUUCAAGCGUACGGCCUCGGGCGAGUUUCUGACGAUUAGCGGUCGCUUGUACAAGAAAAUUCGCGCCAUGCAGUACCGCUCCUACUACCACUGCCUGACGCCCAACUGCAAGGCCCACUAUGUCCUGGUGGAGCUCAGCCGCAAGCCGCGUCUCACCAAGCACAACGGUCAUGCCGCGCACUGUUGCGGCUAGUGCUGGAAGGAUCUGUAUGUAUAAUAUAGCCCUAACCCUGGUUCCACCAUAGACCUAGCCCUAGCCCUAGACUUAACAGCAACCCAUUGUUAGACAGUAAUCAAUCUAUUGCCCAAAUGUAAACCAAACAAUUGACAAAUCAA